UCUCAGCAGCCCUCUUCCUCUCCAGAAUCUAUUCAUCACUCUGUGGCCAGAGGUGUUUAAAAUGCAAAGCAGAUCACGUCAUUCCCUUGACUGAAUCCCGUCAAAGCCUUCCCAUCCCGUUUCAUACGCUGUCGGAACUCAUCGCCCUGGCCCGUCGUGCCCUUUUCUCGGGCUUCAUCGCUACCACCAACUCCUUAGUUCUCGCUGCUUCACCCUCACUGACAGCUGCCGUGGCUUUCCCUAAAAUAUUGUUGAGCGACGCAGAGAUGGAGAAGGAUGAUGGGAGAAAUAACUGAGCGAUGGAAAACUGAAGGCAGCCCCCAGGCGGCCGCCCUUGCAGACCGCACCCUCCCUGCACGCUAAGAACCACGCCGGAACCCGUGGGCGGCAGCCGCGGUUUCCCUUCAAGAGCCGGGACUCUUGAGCGAGCACACAGGAAAGGCCGGGCUGCGAGCGGGACCCGCCGUGAAACGCCCUGAGAGAAGAUGACUGUGUUCUUUAAAACACUUCGGAAUCACUGGAAGAAAACGACAGCUGGGGUCUGCCUGCUGACCUGGGGAGGCCACUGGCUCUACGGGAAACACUGUGAUAACCUGCUAAGGAGAGCAGCCUGUCAAGAAGCUCAGGUGUUUGGCAAUCAACUCAUUCCUCCCAAUGCACAAGUGAAGAAGGCAACCGUCUUUCUCAACCCCGCUGCUUGCAAAGGCAAAGCCAGGACUCUAUUUGAAAAAAAUGCUGCCCCGAUUUUACACUUAUCUGGCAUGGAUGUGACUGUUGUUAAGACAGACUAUGAGGGCCAAGCCAAGAAACUCCUGGAACUGUUGGAAAACACAGAUGUGAUCAUUGUUGCUGGAGGAGAUGGGACAUUGCAAGAGGUUAUUACUGGAGUUCUUCGAAGAGCAGAUGAGGCAACCUUCAGUAAGAUUCCCAUUGGAUUUAUCCCACUGGGCCAGACCAGUACUUUGAGUCAGACACUCUUUGCCGAAAGUGGAAACAAAGUCCAACAUAUUAUAGAUGCUACACUUGCCAUUGUGAAAGGAGAGACAGUUCCACUGGAUGUCUUACAGAUCAAGGGUGAAAAGGAACAGCCUGUGUUUGCACUGACCGGCCUCCGAUGGGGAUCUUUCCGAGAUGCUGGUGUCACAGUUAGCAGGUACUGGUAUCUCGGGCCUCUAAAAACCAAGGCAGCCCACUUUUUCAGCACUCUUAAGGAGUGGCCUCAGACUCAUCAAGCCUCUAUCUCGUACACGGGACCUGCAGAGAGACCUCCCAGUGGGGCAGAAGAGACCCCUCCACGGCCCUCUUUGUACAGGAGGAUAUUACGAAGGCUCGCGUCCUACUGGGCACAGCCACAGGAUGCCCUUUCCCCAGAGGUGAGCUCAGAGGUCUGGAAAGAAGUGCAGCUGUCCACCCUUGAACUGUCCAUCACCACCCGGAACAGUCAGCUUGACCUGACAAGCAAAGAAGACUUUAUGAACAUCUGCAUGGAACCCAACACCAUCAGCAAAGGAGACUUCAUAAUGCUAGGAAGCAAGAAGGUGAGGGACCCCAGGCUGCGUGCUGAGGGCACCGAGUGUCUCCCGGCCAGUCGCUGUGCUCUGCUCCUUCCUGAGGGAACAGGGGGCUUCUUCAGCAUCGACAGUGAGGAGUACGAAGCGAUGCCCGUGGAGGUGAAGCUGCUCCCCAGGAAGCUGCGGUUCUUCUGUGACCCGCGGAGGAGGGCAGAGAUGCUGCAGAGCUGGGCUGAGUGAGCAGAUGGGCAACUGCCCUUUAGGCCACCCUGGGACCAAAGGGGAGCAGAGCCUCCGAAUCCCCGUCCCCGCCGCCUUGUCAGAGGAUCCCAAGGGCCCGUCUGCGGCAAGUACCCCCUGCCCUCCUCUCUCUGUGCGUUGCAGCUUCCCAGCCAGCGUCCCGGCCGCGCGGGCUUUGACUGGUGCCCCCUGGUCCCUCCUGCGUAGUGCCCCCCGUCAGGCGGGCGCCGAGACAUCCCCACCCUCCGUGGAUGGAAAAGGGCCGGACCUUGUUCUCUCCCCACCGCGGACGGCAGGCUCCGAGGCUGUGUCCUCUCCUGUCUGUGGCCGUCCCGGGAAGGGCCCGCCUUCCCGCCGCUGCCUUGUCCUGUUUCCAGGCUCCUCCAUGGGUGCUGCUGCUCCAUGAGCUCCGGUUCUCAUUUAGCGGGUUCCAGUUCUCUCCUCGGUCUAAGAAACAUAUGUGGGGUGUCCGUCUUCAGCCAUGGCUGAUACUGUAAAAUAUUAGGGUUUCCCCCCCCUAAAGUCGUGCUUCUGAAGUGUUGGUUUGCAUGAGAACCACCUGGGGCACUUGUCGAAGAUUUACUCAAUUGGGGACCACCCCAAACCUAGUCACUCAAUCUGAGGAUGGAGCCCCGGAAUCUGCCUUUUUAAAAAGGCUGCCACCCUCCCCGGGUGGUUCUGGUUCAGGAAGUCCUGAGGCCGAAAGGGACACACAGUCCUGCCAAGCAGUGGUCCACAGGUCUCCUGCUCCUCUGCUUCCUCAGAGUGUUUUGGAAAACCUUGUAGCCCCUCCCACGUUAACAUCCCCAAUUUCUCAUGGGAAGUUUGAGUUGCCAAAGUAUAUACUUUCUGGUGUCAUGUAAAUAUUGAUAUUUUAAAAUAAAACUGUUACAUCACUCUUUUAAACAUAUUCAGUAUAAUUGAAAUACAUAGCAAUUUGACAUUCAUCAUCCAUUUACAAAAAUAAAUUGUUUAGUAGUUGGAAAUAUCCAUUUUCCUCAUAUGCGUAUUUCCUACCGCUUUCAGCAAAGUAUGCUAUCAUGUUUUUAUGCUGGAAAAUUUUUUCACUCAACCUAUUUUCUUGCCAACAAAAGCUAUAAAUUGAAAUGACUUUUUUUAGUUCAAGUGUUAACUCAGUACAGAAUAAAUGUUAUCAAUUAUUGAAAUACAACUGAUUAUAAAUUUUUAAUAAUUAAGAAUUAACAUUAGAAUGCUCUUUAUCCUCAUGAGUUCAUUUAGCCAAAAGCACAUGUUACUUACAGCUGAGACAAGGCUCAACAUUAUAGAUGUUUAAAAUUCUGUUCUAA